AUGUAUCGCUCGAUUUUAAGCCUUCUCGUGCUACUGGCUGGCGCCUUUGCCGCACUCACCAAUCUCGACUAUGGUUUAGGCGAAAUCGGCGUCACCGAUAACUACCACUCCGAGGAGUUCGACGUGGUGAUCUUUGUGAAUGACGACUACGUCAACCUGGGCGAUAAAUUCACCGACAUUGAGGAUGCCCUGGUUCGGUACAAUGGAUUGGACUCGCUAACCCCCAAGACACUGCAAAUCGUGCCGUUCAUGGCUCAUUCAAGCAAGCGGCUGUUGUUCGCUCCGACGGGAAACCUCAACAGAGAUGCGUCCGACAGCCGACAGAUCUACGAUGCUGCGCGUGACGCCGCGAAAUUGGCGUACUCUCUCAAACUGCGAAAGCCCGUUUUCGUGAGGGGUCCGAUGAAGACCGUUCCAACUGCUAACGAGGAGAAAGAACAGUGGCAGAACGAAAACUACAUGUACCUUCAGAUGACGCUUGGUGCCCUUCAGGGCUACUACAUGCCUCUGAUUCUGCGUGAGGACCCAAAUUACGCGACGAAGACCAAGUUCGACAAGAUGACCAUUUAUGGCGUGCCAGCGGAGUUUGCGACCAUCGCACAGGGCAUCGAAAGGGGUCGAGUUGUGAACCGCGACACCUGUGCAUCAGAUCCGGAGAGAAUGCCCCCACCGAAGGUGGCAGAGUACUACAACAAGUACUUCGACGUAAAUAAGACGAUUCAAAUUGAAGAGUUUACAGCCGAUGAGGCUCUGUGGCCGGUGUGCUACGCCGUCAAUCGGGCCGUGAGAAGUGUCGAUAAAUACGGAAUGCGGAUAAUUAAGAUGCAAUAUGAUGGCGCAGAGGCCAACGAUGCUGAUCCGACCCUUGUGUUCGUUGGCAAGGGCAUCUGCUACGACACCGGUGGCUCUGAACUCAAAGUCAGCGGCAACAUGAAAUUCAUGCGGAAGGACAAGUGCGGAGCGACCUCGAUUGCCGGUUUCAUGAAAGUCCUUGAGGAGCUCAAACCACAGCACCUGCGGGCGCGCGCUCACCUCGCCUUCGUGCGAAAUGGCAUCGGUUCAGACAGCUACGUCUUCGACGAGGUUGUCACGACGUCACAGGGUGUGCGGGUUCGCAUGACUUCCCCUGAUGCUGAAGGUCGCAAUGUCAUGCUUGACAUGCUCACCGACGCUGUCAAAGAGCAUGUCACCCCUAGUCAACAAAUUUGCCUUUCAUUUCCACAGCACGACGACAAAAAGUACGUAAAUCCCUUCUUCUUCACAAUCGCGACGCUAACCGGCGCAGUUGGUCGUAACUUCAAGCACAACACCGCAAUGCUCGACAACGGCCCAGCGAGAAAGGAGAAUGUGACCAAAAGCAUGGUUGUGGCCGGAGACAACAUCGCUGAAGUAGUCGAGCCGAUGACUCUGAGGAAGGAGGACUACGACGUCAACCGUCCACAAACUGAGAUGGAAGACAUCCUCCAGUUCAACACCAAACCCAGAACCUCCACUUACCGUGGGGUCCAGUUGCCGGCAGGAUUCAUGGCUACGGCGUCGAAACUUGACGAAUGGGGACUGCAGACCCGCGAGAAGAAGAUCCCCUACACCCACUUGGACGUUUCGGCAGCGGUCGGAGUGAAGUAUAUCGAGGCCACUGGCACCCCAACCAGUCUGUUUGUGAGUCGAUAUGUCCUGCCAAGGCUCAAGUCGACAUACAACAUCGAUUUCCCCGAGGCUCAAGUUGGUGCAAGCUUCCUCGAUCUGGAGGCAAUUUCACCUGUCACCAGCAUCGACGCUCCAGAAUACGACUCCAUCCUUUUCAUCAACGAUGCCUUCACCGGUCUUCCUCCUGAACUGGCGCCAAUUGAGGCCGCUAUCGUUGAAUAUCAGAUGAUCCUUGGCCUGACGGGCAGUUUGAAAAAGGACUACGCCGAUAGUCGGUUGAUACACGAUGCUGCCGCAAAGGCUGCAAAGACACUAAAGUCACUGAGUUUGAGAAAGCCGAACCUCAUUGUGGGGGAAUUUAAAACAAAUCUUGGCCAAGACCGACACCCAUGGGCACAGGGCAUCUGGCCGCAGAUCACGGCAAUUCUUGGAGCCUUCCACGAAAUUUACGUCCCUCUUGAAGUUCGAGAAGCCCAUCCAGAGGUCUAUCCGAGGAUUGACAAGUUUGGUGUCUACAACGCGAAAACCGAUGUCAUCAAAUUUGCCAAGGCCAUCGAGGAGGGUGCGUACAUCCAUCGGGACCUGUGUGCCUCAGACCAGGAGAGAAUGACGCCUCCGAGAAUUGAGGAGUACAUUAAGGAGCACUUUCAGCAAGUCGACGGACUCACAUUUACGUCGGAAAAAAUUAACAAAACCGCCUAUCCAAUGAUCGAUGCUGUUAAUCGUGUGGUCGAGGGUGUGCCCGAAUAUGAGGGUCGAGUUGUCAAAAUGACGUACACGCCGGCGGAUGCGAAUGGUGUUACUGAAACACACUACUUAAUUGGAAAAGGAGUCACGUACGAUAGCGGCGGCCUCAGUAUCAAGGUGAACAAUGGAAUGCGUUGGAUGCGAAAGGAUACGUGCGGCGCCACCUCCAUUGUGGGUUUGAUGCGGACGUUGCAGAUGCUGCGUCCCCCGCACUUGCAGGUCCACGGUCGACUGGGAUUCGUGCGAAACGGCGUUGGUUCUGAGGCCUACGCAGUGGACGAAAUCAUCCCCUCGCGCGCCGGCGUCCGAAGCCGCAUCGGCAGCACCGAUGCCGAGGGCCGAAAUGUCAUGGUUGACCUCCUGGCCGAGGCUGUCGAGGAGGCAGUCAAGCCGGAGGUGAAAGCGCCGCACCUUUUCACCAUUGCGACACUCACUGGCCACGUUGGCAGUUCAUUUGGUCAUCUUCCUGCUGUCCUUGACAACGGUCCAGCAAGAAGUGGGAAAACCGCUCAAAAAAUCCGAGAUGCGGGAGCCCUUGUGGCGGACGUCGCACAGGUCUCGUCACUUCGUCGUGAGGAUUACGAGAACUGCUACCCCAUCACCGAGUACGAGGACCUUCAACAGCGCAACACCCAUCCAGGAACCGUCUUCUACCGCGGACAUCAGUACCCCGCGGCCUGGAUGAUAAUGUCGAGCAAGCUGGAUCGCUACGGCAAUGACAACGAGGAGAUGAAAAUCCCCUACACCCAUCUCGAUAUCUCGUCAGCCGCCGGAGUUAAACGCCCGGAUGAAACUGCGACGGCUACGCCAAUUCCCAUGCUCAUCACUAACUACGUUCUGCCGAAGCUUAUGACCCCCGAAAAACCAAUGCGAGUGAACUGUUUCGUGAGUGCCCUGCUCGGGCUGACGCUCUGCCUCCUGUCCACAGAGGGCUUCGUUGAGUUGGACAAAAUCCACGCCGAAACCAACCUCACCGGAGCUCCUUACGAUGUUGUCAUCUUCAUCAACGAUGAUGCCACUUCAACAGAACCAUCCCUCAACGAGGCGAUGACUGAAUACUCCGCGCUGAAGCAGCCAAUCACGUCUGGACUUGUUGUGCCGUUGUUGACGCAUCCAAGCAAGCACAUGAUCGUUGGCUUGUCUGGUCUUCUUAACAAGGACUACGCCGACAGCAGGCUAAUCUACAAGGCCGGAGCAACCGCAGCCAAAAAAAUGAUCGAGCUGAAUGUGAGAAGGCCAUUGGUGGUGGUGGGUGAGUUUAACUCCAAACUGCCGCAUCAGAAAUGGGCGACCUCGAUUUGGCCAAAACUCACGGCGCUUCUGGGCAUCUUGAGUGAGUUGUACGUGCCCCUGCAAGUUCGUGAAAGUCGGCCGCACAUGUACCCAAGAUACGACGAUUUCGGAGUCUACUUCCAGAAAGAUACUGCAAACGCAACGAUGGAGGAAAUUUUAAAUUACACCAAAGCCAUGGAGGAGGGUUUGUACGUGACGCGGGACAUCUGCGCUACGGAUGAGGAGCAGAUGGCGCCCCCAGCUGUUGAAAAGUACAUCUUGGAGCACUUUAAGCCGAACGACAACAUCCAGAUCGACUCGCAGCCCAUCAACCAGACAAAGUACCCCACAAUGCAUGCCGUUAAUCGCGUGAACAAGGGCGUUGAGAAGUACCAAGGGCGCGUGAUUAAACUGACCUAUCUCCCACCUGGCGGGGCAAAGCCCGAAACAGACGAGACCCUCUUUGUCAUCGGCAAAGGCAUCACCUUUGACAGCGGUGGCCUCAGCGUGAAGACGUCGGGCAACAUGAAGUUCAUGCGGAACGACAAGUGCGGUGCCGCCGCGGUGGCCGGAUUCAUCAAGGUCCUGGAGAAACUCCAGCCCGCCGGUCUGACGGUGUACGGCCGAAUGGCGUACGUGCGCAACGGCAUUGGUUCUGAGGCCUACGCGGUGGACGAGAUCAUUCCCAGUGGCGCUGGCGUCCGAAGUCUCAUUGGAAACACCGACGCGGAGGGACGCAAUGUCAUGGUGGAUCUGCUUGCUGAGGCCUUGCCUGAGGCUGUUAAAAUGAAUAUCAAAAAUCCACAUUUCAUGUCGCUGGCAACACUGACAGGAGCCCAAGUGUCAGCCUUCGGCACGAUCCCCGCAGUCGUCGACAAUGGACCAGCGAGAGUUAAGAAGUACGCGAAAGACCUCUGCGACUGGGGUAUGAUGGUCGGUGAUCCUGGGCAGAUCUCAAGCCUUCGCAGGGAGGACUUUGAAAACGUCUACCCGGUGACGCAGUACGAGGAUUUGCAACAACGCAACACCCAUCCUGGAACCAUCUUCUACCGCGGCCACCAGUACCCCAUGGCGUGGAUGAUCAUGGCCAGCAAACUCAACGAGCACGGCCUGGACUCAGAAGGUCUCCAGAUCCCCUACACCCACGUGGACAUUGCAGGAGCCGUGGGAGUCAGCAAACCAGACGAAAGAGCAACUGGAACCCCCACGUCGAUGCUUGUCAGCACCUUCGUUCUCCAGAAAUUACACAAAGAGGAAGCCAAGCCCUAG